CGUGUGCGCGCGCGUAGGAGGGAGGGAAGCAGGCAAGCAGAGAGGCAGCGGAGCUUUGGGCAGCAGAGGUUGGGGCGCCCCUCCUUUCCUCCCGCAGCAGGUGGGAGGCUGGGUGCCCUGUCCCCUCCCCCACCCGGCUUCCCAGGAGCAGGAGAUGCUUACGUAGGAGAUUUAUGUCUCCCUGGUCAUAAUGCUGCCCUGGCGAAGCCGUUGAUCAGGUACUCUGGAUGUGUUAGCUGCUAUGGGAGAUUGGAACACUAUCACAGUGCCAGCACCGUUGUCAGAUAAUACAACUUCUUGGUAUACCUCAACCAAAACCAUGUCCCCAUCAAGUUUAAGUUUGCAGCGAGUGUUAUACUCUCCACUGCCUUUGUCCAAAAGUGCACACAGCUUUUUCAGUGCCUUCUGCACAGAAGAGAAUGUUGAGCAGAGCCUCUCUUAUCUUAACAGGGAGAUGACCACACUUGGCUUCCCUUCGCUUUAUGCUGACCCCAAAGGUAAAGAAUUAUGUGUAGUAUCAGUCCUGAACUGUAUGAAUGACCUGCUUCUGCUUCACCGUAAAACUCUGCGUGCUCAGGAAGAAACAGAAACUCAGCACUUGAAACUGGGUAGUGAUAUGGACCACCUGCAGAACUGCUACACUAAAUUAAAGGAGCAGCUGGAAACAUCAAGAAGAGAAAUCGUUGGGCUCCAGGAAAGGGAUAGGCAGCUGCAAUGCAAAAACAGGAAUCUGCACCAGUUACUUAAAAAUGAGAAAGACGAGGUGCAGAAAUUGCAGAAUAUUGUUGCAAGCCGAGCGACCCAGUACAAUCAUGAUAUGAAGCGGAAAGAAAGGGAAUACAACAAACUGAAAGAGCGCUUUCAUCAACUCCUUAUGAAUAAAAAGGAUAAGAGAAUAGCUAUGGAUGUUCUCAACUAUGUAGGAAGAGUUGAUGGCAAGAGAGGUGCUUGGAGAACGGGGAAGACUGAAGCCCGAAACGAAGAAGAAAUGUACAAAGCUCUCCUAAAUGAUUACGAACAGCGCCAGAAACAGCUUCUGGUGGAAAAUGCUGAUCUGAAAAAGCUACUCCAGCAAAUGAAGAAAGAAAUCAUUUCUCUCUUACCACCCCAGAAGCAGAAACCAAAAGAGAAGACAGAAGAUGACAAUGGGACAGUGCUGUCAGACAUGGAAGAGGACCCCGGAGAAGCAAAUAAAGAGAAUGUAUGGGAACUUUCUUGUGAAACAGUGCGUGAACAGCUAGCUAACAGCAUUCGGAAACAGUGGAGAAUGCUGAAAAACCAUGUUGAAAACCUGGAUAACCAAGUGUCACAUGUACAUUCUGGAUCGCUUCACAACAAAGAUACAAUCUCAAGAGAAGACCAUGAACUGGAGGUUGAAAGAUUGCAUUCAGAAAUUCACCAGUGCAAGGAGAUGAUAAAAACUCAACAGCAGCUCUUACAGCAGCAGCUAACUUCUCCAUGCGAUGAUGACACCAAUAUGUUGCUACAGGACUGCUACUUGCUGGAAGAAAAAGAGAGACUGAAGGAAGAAUGGAAACUGUUCAGAGAACAAAAGAAGAAUUUUGAGAGAGAGCGCAAAAGUUUCACAGAUGCUGCUAUUAGAUUAGGACUUGAGAGGAAGGCAUUUGAGGAAGACCGUGGAGCUUGGCUGAAACAACAGUUCUUAAGUAUGACUUCUGAUCACGGGAAACCUCAGUGUGCCUCCUUGGGAAAUUCAGAUUUGGAUACUCCACUACCAAAUUUCAGACCUUGCCAAAAGAGACUGAACCACUUCUCCAGUGUCCCAAAAUGCUCAAAUACUUGUGGGGCAACUCAGCGUGUUUGUGAAAACAGUUCAAGUGCCCCUCUGGACAAAACGACUGAAGACCGAAAACUGAGCCACAUGAGAAAGGAGCAACUGAGAAAGAUACAGACUUGUGAUGCCAGCUGUGUUGUGCAAAGAAAAGCAGACAGUUUUCACACGUUGCUCCCAGCAAACCUAGGCACAGAGCGGACAGACCAUUCGCCUUAGAUUCUUAACCUCUUUCUGUUUGCAGACUUAUCUAUAAACUUUCCGACUUAGUGAAACAGGGUGUGAUGAGUGGAAUCCAAUCAAUGCUGGUGAUAGUUGUUUUUACUGAAUGUGUGGCUUUUUAGGAUCUAUACUAUUCCGCCUCUUUCUUUUAUAGUCAAGGCUGUAAAAGAAGAUCUUCCGAUACAUGUAUAUUCUUAAAACAAAAAUGUAGUUCUUUUACUGAAGUGACGAAUGUACAGAUCUCCAGACAAUGAAAUGCUUCAGCUUUGAUUUUUAUACUUCAGGCAAAAGCAGCACUUUUCGCACUAGUUGAAGAUGAAACGUUCGCUUGUCUCUCAAGUGUAACUGACAUGGAAACUUUUUCUCUUUAACUUGAAUGUACAGUAUAUUGUAGACAAUUGCCUCGGCAAGUUCUAUAUUUAUUGUGUGGUUUCCGAUUACCUCUUUUCAUAUCUCUUAAAGAAGCAAGGCCUUAGCUUUCAGACAGAUGAGUUUUAAAGAGUUAUGUGACAAUGCCAUGAAAUAAAAUGUACAGAUUUAAAAAAUCAUAGUAUAUUACAUGUCAAUCAUAGCUGUGCUUUUUAUUGUGAUACUGUGUUUACAAAUGGAAGUGGGGUUUUUUU